AGUGCGCGUCACAUGCUGUGCAGCCGAGUACAGUGUGAAUAAUACAUAUUUUCAGUCCGUGGUUUUUCGAGGAUCUCCAAGGGCAUCGGUGAGCGACACAGUGCGGCAGCGAUGUGCACGUCUGACGGCUACACGGAGCAAGUGGGAGGCAGCCUGUUUCUCCUGCUGUAAAUCGUUGAGUUUCCACAGUUGUCGCUCACAUCCAGGGUUCAAACACUCUUGCUUUUUUAGCUCCUCACUUGAUUCAUUGCCUGGCUUUAGGAUGCGACGUCAUGAGUUGAUCGCGCCUGACAGAUGUUGCUGUGUUGCAGCUGCACAGGCAUAGAUUCUCCGCUCCGCUUGUUCGCGCUGUUUUCGGGAUGAUUUUGUAAGAGAAAAUAUAUAUAUACGGUUUAUGUGCUAGAUGUUUAGUACUCGCUUUGUGCUCGGAUAGAUCGCAACAUUCAUUUAGUCUUCGGUAUUGCAUAAAAUGAUACCUGGAACUGCCGCAUCAAUGCUACCAUCUGCAGAAGCUGCGAAAUUGUACCAGACCAAUUACGUCCGCAACUCCCGUGUCAUCGGACUUUUAUGGGCCAUCUUCACUAUCCUGUUCGGCAUUGUUAACGUGACCAUCUUCUCACAGCCCUAUUGGAUUGGCGAUGGCGUGGAUACGCCGCAGGCCGGCUACUUCGGCCUUUUCCACUAUUGCAUUGGAGACGGAAUCUCCAGAGAGCUGGCCUGCCAGGGUAGCUUUACCGAGUUCGCCGCUAUCCCCUCCAGUGCGUUCAAGGCCGCCUCCUUCUUCAUUGGAAUGUCCAUGAUGCUGGUUGUCACCUGCAUCGGCUGCUUCAGUCUCUUCUUUCUCCUCAGCACCUCCACCGUGUACAAGAUCUGUGGCUGGAUGCAAGCAUUGUCAGGUGUCUGUCUGGUACUGGGUUGUAUGAUCUAUCCUGACGGCUGGGACAGCGAUGAGGUCCGGCGGAUGUGCGGCGAGCAGACGGACAAAUAUAGCCUGGGGGCCUGCUCCAUGCGCUGGGCCUACAUCUUGGCUAUUAUGGGCAUCCUGGAUGCUCUCAUCCUCUCCUUCCUGGCCUUUGUCCUGGGGAACCGUCAGGACGGACUCAUGACAGAAGAGCUCCUGGCUGAGAGCAAGGAGGGAGGAAACGCCUAACCAAAAUUAUAGGUUCCUGAAUUUCCAUGUGUCCGUUGUCAUAAAGUACCAGUCCCUCAACAUCAGCUUAGAGGAGGGAGGCAGUCCAGGUUUGUGGAGGAGAGGAAUACUGUGGGAUCAGCCAGCCUGCCUUUUACAUCUACCUGCCAAAAACCCAUCAUAACCCACCUUCGAUGUCAUCCAAUCUACUCUGCUCGCAGUCCCUAUACGUCAUUCUACCCCAAUCACUUAGACGGAGCCCGCUGCACAUUGAUCCCAGAGCUAACCCUUGCACAGCAUUGCAUAGACCAUGGCAGGGGCAGAGACUGUUACCUAAAUGAGAAGUAUGGACUACCCACUACCUACCUGAGAAGGCACAGGGUUGAAAAUGUACACCUGCAGUACGAGCACAGACAAAAAUACACUCACACACACACACACACACACACACACACACACACACACACACACACACACAUGCCAGCUCACACACAUCUCUGUAAAACAAACAUAAACAUGCAUAUACCAACAAAUUCUGUAAUUACAAGUAUUAAACUAUGUUAACACUUAGCCGUGUGUACCACCGUCAGAAUGUGUGUCAUGUUUUAUUUGUGAAAAGAAGAAAAUUCUCAUUUUCAGAUAAUAUCAGGUUAAUGUAAAUCUAUUGUGUUUCAUAUGUACGUAAGGUUUGACGAUAAAAUGAAAGAUUAGUUUCUUCUUCUGCUCAUAUGCCCCUUUGUUCCUCUUAAUUUACUAGAAAAAGAUAUUUAAGACUGUUUUAUAAUAAUAUUAUCAUCCAAAACAAAAGAACUUGUAUUACAAAGUAUGUACAGUGAAUAUUAAAGAUGUUCUAGGAAUUUUAACUAAAUCCAUUCAAUGCCCUGCUAGCUAACUUUGCACAGCGCUUCAGUUUCAGAAGGAUUCUAAGAUUUUAUAGUCUGUGGUAUCUACACUGUGAUGGGGGCUAUUAAAGGACUGUGUGCUGCAGGACUUGUAGCUGCUGUGUGAGUGUGCUUCUGUAUGUGUGUGUAGGGAGGUCUGUAAGUAUAUGUGAGUGAGCGUGAGUGCAUGCACGUGUGAAUGUGUCAGCGUGUCCGUGUGCAAUAGUUUGUUGGGCUAGUGAACCGAUAUGCCAGCCUCUCACACACACAAUUGUCCUGUUGUGUAUCUAAAUCUGUCUGUCUCUGUCUUUGUCUCCAGCUCUCUACU